UUGUUAAUUUUACAGACACGCAGAUUGAUCGAUGAUUGGUGUGGUCCUUCGUUUUGGUCACGAUGGUUUUACUGGCAAUCGCCGACAUUGGAGAAUCGCUUAGCCGGUGAAAUUCAAGAGGAAUUAAAGAGACUUUUGACUCAAAAUCCGGACCAUCCUCAGUCGUUGCUGGAUGACGAUUUAACAAUUGUGCGAAGAAAUUUGGAGUCAAAAGGUCUGAAAGAGUUGCACAAUGAACUUAUUCGAAAACAGUGGAAACUUAUUUAUAGGAAGCAUUUCCUGGAAAAACAAUAUCGGACAGCGAUUGAAUGUCAAGACUUUUAUCCGCAUUACAAACGUGGGUUUGACGACACAGAAGUUGACUGCCAAGCAGUGGUGCUUUUCUACAGAGUGCAGCGAAUGCUGGAUUUAACGUGCAAUGCACUGCGUCAACAGAUAACGAAUACGGAGCAGAGGAGGCUCGAAAAAGAAAUUAGGGAUGUGUUAGAUGACUGGGCACAUGACAUGGAUAAAAAGAAGGAAUAUUUGACAGGGCGACGUGUAGAGCUGGCUGAAGAACUC